ACCCUCCCAAAAGUUAUUUAUACCAAGCUGGGAAGAGAGAACUUUCUAGAACUCUUGGGCUGAGGUGGAAGGUGCAGUGGCCCCAGUUCUUAACAUGGUCAACCCUUUGCAGUUGGGGCCAUACAGAUCAGGAACAGAGGUAGGGGGCUGGGGAGGAUAAACACACAGCCUAUUUUGUGUUCUUCCCAAUGCCACCCCAGCUCCAAGAAGGCUGUCCACCACGAGGCAUCUAGGACGCCGUUUAGCCGUGCGCGCACUUUUGAUCCUGCUGUAUGCCAAGCGUUGUAGGUUUGGGGGUAGGUGUCCGCCGAGAUGUGGAAGGGCUCCACUGGCGUGGAAGUGUCUGCUCCCUACUUUUGGAAUCGGGUGUCGAGUCCCCAGAGCAGGCUAGCCCGGGCCCCCCAGGAGCGUAGGGGUGGCACCUUUCCUACCUGUGGGUGUCCUCGGCUCACCUGACCGGCCGGGCUGGGGAGGGGCGUGUGCCCGCGCGGGUGCACCCGGGCGCCCGUCGGUGCGCGCGCGAGUGUGUUUGCGGCUGAAACCCGACACCUCCCGCUGGCUGAGGUCAGGGAGCCGGGAGCGAGCCAGUGGCCCGGGAGUGGGCGGCGUUGAGCUUGGGUGUGUCCUCGGCGGCGGCGACAGCAGCAGGUGUUUCUUGGCCGGGGCCCCGGAAGCUCCACCUCCCCAGCGGGCCGGAGCCGCCGCCACCGAGCAGCCCCGGGUGAGAUAAGCAGUUUAGACAAACACUGGGCGACGGUGGCUCCAGCAUGUGUCAGCCCUCGCCGAGGCGGAGCUCCGGGGCCCUGGCAUGAAAGGCAUGAGCCAUGAGCCCAAGUCCCCUUCACUAGGGAUGCUUUCCACCGCGACCAGGACCACCGCCACCGUCAGCCCCCUCACCCCCUCGCCGCUCAAUGGCGCCCUGGUGCCCGGCGGCAGCCCCGCCUCCAGCAGCGCGCUCCCGGCCCAGGCCGCCCCGUCCUCCAGCUUUGCCGCCGCGCUGCGCAAGCUCGCCAAGCAGGCAGAAGAGCCCAGAGGGUCCUCACUGAGCAGCGAGUCGUCCCCCGUGUCCUCUCCGGCCACCAACCACAGCUCCCCGGCCACCACGCCCAAGCGCGUCCCCAUGGGCCCCAUCAUCGUGCCUCCCGGGGGCCACAGCGUCCCCAGCACGCCUCCCGUGGUGACCAUCGCCCCCACCAAGACCGUCAACGGCGUCUGGAGGAGUGAGAGCCGGCAGCAGGAUGCCGGCUCCCGGGGCGGCAGCAGUGGUCGGGAGCGCCUCAUCGUGGAGCCCCCGCUGCCUCAGGAGAAAGCGGGGGGCCCGGCCAUCCCCUCUCACCUGCUCAGCACCCCCUACCCCUUCGGGAUUGCCCCCAGCUCAGUGGUGCAGGACUCCCGCUUCCCCCCACUGAACCUCCAGCGGCCCGUCCACCACGUGGUGCCGCCCAGCUCCGUGGCCGAGGAUUACCUGCGGAGCUUCCGGCCCUACCACACUGCCGAGGACCUCCGGAUGUCCUCUCUCCCGCCCCUCGGCCUGGACCCAGCCACCGCCGCCGCCUACUACCACCCCAGCUACCUGGCACCACACCCCUUCCCACACCCGGCCUUCCGGAUGGAGGACUCCUACUGCCUGUCGGCCCUGCGGUCCCCCUUCUACCCCAUCCCCGCUCCCGGCUCCCUGCCCCCGCUGCACCCGUCGGCCAUGCACCUGCACCUCUCCGGGGUCCGCUACCCCCCCGAGCUGUCCCACUCGUCGCUGGCGGCACUGCACUCGGAGCGGAUGUCCAGCCUCAGCGCAGAGAGGCUGCAGAUGGACGAGGAGCUGAGGCGGGAGCGUGAGCGGGAAGCUGACCGUGAGCGGGAGAAGGAGCGCGAGCGGGAGCGGGAGAAGGAGCGGGAGAAGGAGCUGGAGCGGGAGCGGGAGAAGGAGCGGGAGCGGGAGAAGGAGCGCCAGCGGGAGCAGCGGGCCCGCGAGAAGGAGCUGCUGGCCGCCAAGGCCCUGGAGCCCCCGUUCCUGCCGGUGGCCGAGCUGCACGGGCUGCGGGGCCAUGCCACGGAGGAGCGGGCAAAGCCCUCGGAGCAGCUGACCCCAACCCGAGCAGAGAAGCUGAAGGACCCAGGCCUGCAAGCGCCCAAGCCCCUGCCGCACCCCUUGCACCCCGUGCCUGCCCCCCACCACGCCGUGCCCGGCGUCAUCUCCAGCCACGGCCUCUUCCCGCUGCCCGGCAGCGGUGCCGCCACGGCCCUGCUCAUCCAGCGCACCAACGAGGAGGAGAAGUGGCUGGCGCGGCAGCGGCGCCUGCGGCAGGAGAAGGAGGACCGGCAGUCGCAGGUGUCCGAGUUCCGGCAGCAGGUGCUGGAGCAGCACCUGGACAUGGGCCGGCCCCCGGUGCCGGGGGAGGCGGAGCACCGGCCUGAGAGCGCCAGGCCAGGACCAAACCGUCACGAGCCAGGCAGCCGAGACCCUGCGCAGCACUUUGGUGGGCCCCCACCCCUCAUCUCGCCCAAACCCCAGCACCCAGCCAUGCCCACCACCCUCUGGAACCCAGUGUCUCUGAUGGACAGUGCCCUGGAGACCCGGCGGGCCCCAGAGAGCCACACUCUGCACAGCCACCCGGUCCCAUUCGAGCCGAGCCGCCAAGCCGCUGUUCCACUGGUGAAGGUGGAGCGGGUCUACUGCCCAGAGAAGGCAGAGGAGGGGACCCGGAAGCGUGAGGCUGCCCCCCUGGACAAGUACCAGCCGCCACCGCGGGAGGUGGGAAGCCUCGAGCACCAGGCCUUCCCUCAUGGGCCUGUCCCCUUCCUCACCGAGUUCGAGAAGUCCGCCCCAGCCGUACUGGGCCCGCCACGCACCUCCCUCACCCAGGCAGCCCCCUUUGCGGAGCUCAGCGGGCCCCUGAAGCCAGGCUCACCCUACCGGCACGCGGUUCCCCGGGUCCCCGACCCCACCUACAUCUACGACGAGUUCCUACAGCAGCGCCGGAAGCUGGUCAGCAAGCUGGACCUAGAGGAGCGCCGGCGACGGGAGGCCCAGGAGAAAGGAUACUUCUAUGACCUGGAUGACUCAUAUGACGAAAGUGACGAGGAAGAGGUCAGGGCCCAUCUCCGCUGCGUGGCCGAGCAGCCGCCCCUCAAACUGGACACGUCCUCAGAGAAGCUAGAGUUUUUGCAACUUUUUGGCUUGACCACCCAACAGCAGAAGGAGGAGUUGCUGACCCAGAAGCGGAGGAAGAGGCGGCGGAUGCUGAGGGAGAGGAGCCCAUCGCCCCCCACGCUGCAGAGCAAGCGGCAGACACCUUCGCCGAGGUUGGCUCUGUCCACCCGGUACAGCCCCGAUGAGAUGAACGACAGCCCCAACUUCGAGGAGAAGAAGAAGUUCCUGAUCGCCUUCAGCCUGACUCACGUCAGCGCCGAGAAGAGGAGAGACAAAGAGAAACUUGUUGAAAUGCUCCGUGCCAUGAAGCAGAAGAUGCUGCCAGCAGCCAGGGCAGACCCACUGACAAACCCUCCGAGGGACAGUCCUGCUGUCUCCCUGAGCGAACCAGCCACACAGCAAGCCUCCCUGGAUGUGGCUAAGCCUGUUGGAAUUGCUGCCUCUUUGUCUGAUGUCCCAAAGGCCAUGGAACCUGGGAGACUGGAACAGCUCCGGCCCCAGGAGCUCUCUGGAGUUCAGGAGCCAGCUCCUGCCAGUGGCGAGAAGGCCAGGCCAAGCGAGGCCCCCGGGAGCAAGAAGGCCCUGAGCAUGCUCCGUUACAUCCGGGGCCCCGCGCCCAAGGACGUGCCCGUGCCGUUGUCUCACAGCAUCAACGGGAAGAGCCAGCCCUGGGAGCCCUUCCUGGCGGAGGAAUUCGCACAUCAGUUCCACGAGUCGGUGCUGCAGUCCACCCAGAAGGCCCUGCAGAAGCACAAAGGGAGUGGAGCUGUGCUGUCUGCAGAGCAGAACCACAAGGUUGACACGUCCAUCCACUACAACAUUCCUGAGCUACAAUCCUCCAGCCGGGUCCCUCUGCCCCAGCAGAAUGGACAGCAGGAGCCCCCGUCUGCAAGAAAGGGCCCUGCCACCCAGGAGAUGGAUCAAGACUCAGAAGAGGACGAGGAGGAGGAAGAUGGGGAGGAGGAGGAAGAGGAGGAGGAAGCCCCCAGGCAGAAGUGGCAAGGGAUUGAGGCAAUUUUUGAAGCUUACCAGGAACAUAUAGAAGAGCAAAAUCUGGAGCGGCAGGUGUUGCAGACACAGUGCAGGUGGCUGGAGGCCCAGCACUACAGCCUCAGCCUGACGGCCGAACAGCUCUCCCACAGCAUGGCAGAGUUAAGGAGCCAGAAACAGAAGAUUGUCUCAGAAAGGGAGCGCCUCCAGGCAGAACUGGAUCACUUACGAAAGUGCCUUGCGUUGCCUGCAAUGCAUUGGUCUAGGGGUUACUUUAAGGGAUAUCCUAGGUGACGGUUUCCCUUGCACUAGGCCGAACCUAUAGUAUAGAAAUAUCUAUUUUAUUACCUUGAAUAUUUAAUAUUUUUCACUGGGAGGUUUGAAGCUUAAAAAAUAAUGAGAAUGUGCCAUGCAUGAAGCAAAGGAUUCCAGGCUCCAGAAUAAAGAACGAACUCACCUUGACUUCGAUGCAAUUGAAUCACCUUUGUAAUUCAGCGAGCAAUGUAGGAAACCCAUAGUUUUUCUUUUUAAAGGCGGUUUUUUCCUUUCUUCCCCCACAUCAUAUUUUCAUCUGAAAAGGAAGGCUCCGUUACCAACACUAAGCUUUGUCACUCCUGGCCCCAGGUGCAUGUGAUUGGGUCCCGUGUUGCCACCUGACUGUGCCUAAAGAACCAACUCUGCUUCUGCCGGGGUGGCGGGUCGGUCUUGUUCCUUCCCAGGGGUGAGGCCUGCUUCAGUGGGGAGAGGGUUGGGUGCAGGGUAAGUCGAGGGCUUGCUGCAGUUACUUUGCUGCAAAAUGUUCUCAAACCAAGAGUGUGUAAGAUUCACCCACCAAAGGCUUUCACUGGAAAAGCACUCAUUAAACAGAAGAUGAAUCAGUCAGCGGAAGGCACCUUUCUAUUAUUCCGCGGGGGAGAUGUACAGAGCUCUGUGUAUACAUAGUCACACCCUCCAGACUGUUACUGCAGUGGGUGGAGUUCUCAUUCAAACAUAAAUUUUGAGAGAAAAGUCAAAGGUGCUUCAGCCUUGUAUGUGUAUAUAUAUUAAAAAAAAGUUUUGUAUGUUUUUAUUACUUUAAUUAUUGUUAUAAAAAGCCUGCCAUUUUUAAUAUGUGGUUUGGGGGAUUUUUGUUUGUUUGUUUUCCUGUUUGGGGGUUUUGUUUGUUUUCUGUUUGUUUCUCUGGGCAAAAAAAGAAAAACCUGCUUUUAGUGUUUGUACUGCUGCUGGUCAGGACAUUGAAAUAUUGAAGUGUUUUUAAAAAUUAAAGCAGAAGUAAAAAGAGCUUACCAUUGGCGCCUAUGCGAUCACUUCCUUUUAAUUUGAGCUGCACCAGAACAUGAUGUAGAAAGCCAUGCAUCACUUCUUACCUCCUUCCUUUCACUCCCUCCACUGCCUUCCUGCGUCGGGCCAAGUGCAUAGCAGAUAAGCCAGCUGCUGUUCAGAGAGGAGGAGUGCAUCCCUGGCGUGAACAGGUGAAACACCUGUGUGUGUGCCCGUGUGCGCAGAUACACGUGGAGGAGUUUUUUUGUUUUAUUUUUUUUUUUAAGAACGUUUCAGGAAGUUAACAAUUUCUGUGAUAAAAUUCUUCGGUGUCUUACAGCAGUCUGAGAGCAGGUGCAAAAUAGAAACUUCAGAGGCUUUUAGAUGCAAAGCUUUGUAAUAGCCUAGAAGUGGGGUAAACAGUGUCUGGGCUGAGCUGCUCCUUUUGAACUUUCUGUGACUGACAAGCACAGGAGCAGCCAGAAACCUAGGGACUCACACCAGCGAGCAAGGGGGCACCUCCAUCCUGUCUUAGUUAUUGCCCACUCACUCAGGCAGUGUUUGCUGCAGCAGCACAAAGCAGCCAGGGGCCAGGCUGGGGACAGGAGGGGAGGAGGUGGCGGCUGGUCAGGGGACGGCUCUCGGGCAGAGCCUGCAGCCCCAGCCCUCUGCUCCACAGAACAGCUUGCUGGCAGAUGGCGUUAUGUCGCUUUAUCUGCUCCCACACAGUUUGCUUUGUACGCCUGCCAAGAACCUUGCAGUUAUUAGCAAACUCAGACAAAAAGUGCCGCCAGUAUUAUCAGCAGUCAACAAGCGCCUUCCUUUCCCCAGAUAAAACUUGAGAACGAAAGGCUGUACUGGGGGCCUCCCCCCCCCCCCACAAAGACAUUGAGAGAUCAACGUGUUCUACAGGUGGGGGCAGGUGCUUAGAGGGAGCCACACUAGCCAGCAACCAGGGCCAAGUACCACUGAGGUCCUCCAUUUAAAAUCCGCUUGCUGUUUCUGGUCUGAAGGCUUUAAGGGUUAUGUCCUAGCCCUUUUCCCAGCCUUCCUCCUACAUCACAGAAAACGUCUGGAUGCUUUUAGUAAACCAGCUUUGGUAAUGGCUUUGGCUGAGGUAAGCAGACAAAACAGAUCCGAUAACUUCAUGGAAAAGAAAAGCACAGCCCCAUCCCUUUGGCCUUCCAGGGGGAGCUCUCUGGCUGGAUUUUUGUCAUGGGAGGAACUCAUGGCAUGUGAGAUAAAUGACGGCCACCGUUAAGAGAAAGGUCUCCCCCCAGGGGUGAGCCUGGCCCUGAACUAGUAAUAAAUUCUUUCCUCUUCCAAUUGAAAAAUCCUGCCUUUCAGCUUCUCUGUCACUCUGCCUCACCAUAUUCCCACUAUCUGUGGAGAUCUCUGAAUGUUCUUGUGUUCAAGUAGUAUGACAAUCAGAGAGUAGAGAGAAAAACCAGCAAGGCAGCAUGAAUAAAGUAAGAAAAUGGUUUUUUAAAAAAAGCGUCUCUUAAACAAAAGUGUACCGCUAAGGUAUAGCACCCAAUAAUGGUUCUCCCAUCCAGUUUAUUUUAUAAUCUGAAAACACUGGAUUCUUGGCAAAGGAUUGUCUUCUAGAAAGUGAGAAUACAAUGUAACACCUAAGACAGAUUACCUUCAGUUUGGGUUCAACAAAUUGACAAAUAUGCAAUCUCUGAAGCCUUUUAUUGAACACUGAGUUUAGAAGGCAGAGUUCAGAAGUACACCACAUUUGUUCUAGAAACGCUCAGGCAAUCUAUGUGUCAGUAUUGCCAUGAAGGCCUUGGUCUUUGGCGACUGGAAGUAUCUUCCCAGCCUACCUGGAGAGAGACUGCCGUUCUGCCCUUCACAGGGAAACCCACUGAACUUAUAAGAGAACCUUCUGCUAAGUCAUGUGGUUCCACUUUUAAUCUUAUUUUUUAAAACAAACCAAACUAUCUCCAAAACUUGGUGCUAUACGACCUUAUCAUUUGAAAACAAGUUGUUUUUCUUUGUUUCAGAUAAUUGGCCAAACUAACAUGAUAAAUACCAUGCUUCUAAUUAUUCUCUCUGAUUACUGACGAAUGUAUGGCUUCCAACAUUUCUGUUUUAAAAGAAAUAAAACACUUCAUUGGCAUUAACAUUCUAAUAGACGGUUAAGGAAAUUUAGAUUGUGUUCUUGGGAACCCACACCUUCAGUAGCAGAGAAUUAAUAUAAUACAGGACCUCUUAAGAUUGUAUGUGGCAUGGUAUUUUUCUUAGUUAGCUCACAGUGCUGCCAAAUGCCAAAAAAUUAAGCUGAAUUUCAAACAAUACACCCCAAAAGAGUUGGAUUUCAAACCAGAUACUCCCUUCCCUCUGAGUCAUGUGUUUUAAAGUGCAGAAAAUCCCGAGUCUCCACUGCGAGGCGGCGAUGGUCAGCACGAGCCGACUGUUACCCUUGAGGCAGGGGAGCCAGAGUGGUUCCGGGGCUCCUUCCGCCGAGCUCUAGGCUCUCCCAGCUUGCAGUAACCGGUCCCCGACCUUGUGACAUGAGUGCAUUGCUCACCUCUGCCUGGACCUGAUGAAGACGUGAGCUGGCCGCGCUCCUCUGCGUGUGCCCUGUGCUUGGUCGCUGGAGCAGAGACCAGGGCCUGGGAGGGAGAAGAGCAUCCCCGGGCACUUGGGGGCAACUUAGAUGCUAUGAAAUUAAACCUGUUCUAAGUGUACUUGUUUGAAUUAACUGUAUUGUAAUAUUAUUUGUUGAAUGUAGUAAUUAGGUAUUUAUGAAUAUAUUGCUGUAAUUUCUGACAACAUCCAAAAAAUAAAAUCUUCCUAAAUCACA